AUGACAGAGUGCAAAAACAGAACGUAUGGUCUAAAAUGUAUAUACAAGUGUGGACACUGUUUAAAUGGGGUUCCUUGUGACGUGGAGACUGGAAGCUGUGGAACAGAAUGUGAUCCUGGCUAUCUUGGAGACCUUUGUGACAAGGCUUGUGAAAAUGGCAGUUACGGACCAAGUUGUAACUUCACCUGUGGUCAUUGUUUAAAUAGAGAACUCUGUGAUAAGGGUACAGGAAUGUGUAGCACAGGGUGUGACCCUGGGUAUUUCGGAGAUAGAUGUCACGAAGAGUGUUUGCCGGGAAUGUUUGGAACGAAUUGUAGUUAUUUCUGCAGUGGUCACUGUUCACACAACGAGAGUUGUUAUCACGUGGAUGGGAUUUGUAAAAUAGGGUGUACUGCCGGGUACAGAGGAAAUUACUGUGAUAUUGUUUGUGAACCUGGGUUUUAUGGCAUAAACUGCAAAGAGAAAUGUUCCAAAGGAUGUCAAGACAGCUGUAACCGUAUCGAUGGUUUUUGUAGAUGUAAUGCUGGGUGGACGGGGUUCCCGAAGUGUAACAUAGAAUGUCCUUCAAACUUUUUUGGAAUUGACUGCCGACACCUGUGUAGUGAUCACUGCGGUAACAAUGAUACCUGUAGUGGGUAUUACGGGACGUGUGACGGCGGUUGUCAAGAACCCUUUAUUGGUCGUAUCUGUGAUCAUCAAAUACGUGCACAAGGACCAGGUACAUUGGCCAGAAUAAUCCUUACGACAAGGUUUGGUGUGGAGAGACAACAGAGACACCUGGCGGGAUUUUCUCUGUAUAUUUCCAAUACAUCUCGACGAGAGGAGGGAUUCUUGUGUUAUAAAGAUUUGUCAACACUAGAGUUGCCGGACCUGGAUUUCAGUACAAGGUGUAUUAAAUAUGGACGUUUUGUCAUCUUUUACAACGAACGAAUUGGACAGACAUUUUAUUCUUCGUCAAGAUAUGAAAAUCCUGCUUUAACAGAGUUAUGUGACGUAGUUGUGCGAGGUUGUUAUCAAACAGGGGUAUAUGGAUAUAGCUGUAAUAUUAACUGUCCGAUCAACUGUCAAGGCCGGAGAUGCGACAUUGUUAAUGGAUAUUGUCUUGGAUGUACAGAAGGAUGGUCAGGAUCGAAGUGUAAUCAAGCUUGUCCUUCCGGAUGGUAUGGACUUGAGUGCAAAUUAAGCUGCUCCGGAAACUGCAGAUACAGCGACACCUGUAAUCACGUGACAGGGAGAUGUGACAGAGGAUGUACUUCGGGAUGGAAAGACUAUUAUUGCGACAAACAGUGUGAUCCGGGUACUUACGGACCUAACUGUGAGAACACCUGUAGUGGACACUGCUUCAAUGGUACCUCGUGUAGCAUAGUGACCGGAAACUGUGAUAAUGGGUGUUAUCCGGGUUAUACAGGGGACCUCUGUGACACAGAAUGUCUACCUGGUUAUUUUGGGAUGCGUUGUAGAGACAACUGUAGCGGUCACUGUCUACACAAUCAGAGCUGUCAUCAUGUCGAUGGAGUCUGUAAAAACGGUUGUACAGCCGGGUAUAGAGACACACAGUGCUUUAACAUUUGUACACCUGGGUUCUAUGGAAUGAAAUGUAAGGAGACCUGUUCUCAUAGAUGUCUUGAAAUUUGUAACCAUAUUGAUGGUUUUUGUUCGUGUGCCCCUGGAUGGAUGGAACCUCCAACAUGUAAUACAGAGUGUCCAGAUGGAUUCUUUGGAGUGGAUUGUGGUUUCCAAUGCAGUGAUAACUGUGUUAACAAUGAAACAUGUAACAGAUUUGAGGGAACGUGUGAUAGAGGCUGUCAGGGGUCCUACAGCGGGCUGAUCUGUGAUCACCAGGUAUUUUCCCCCUCUUUUAAAGUCCUUGUAACGUAUAAGGAGGUAGACUGUGAACAUGAGGGUCCCUCCCCAGCGGGAUCGCAUGAUGGUCUGUUGGAAAAAUGGAAAGAAAAGGACACAUUAUACUGGAAGAGAAAUAAAGAAUAUAUCUGA